CAUAGCCCACAGUCCCACUCGCCGGUUGUGGUCGUGCCAGUCCUUGUUCGCACUCGGCGCUCGCCAGUAUACCCGGUGUUGUAUACCUUUAUAUUAAAUAUAAAUUUACAAAACUUGUUUACGCUAUAAUUAUAUUUUAAUUAUCAUUAAUAUUAAAUUACUUACAAGUUAUUCUUAAAUUUAAUUCACUUGAUCAUUGAUAAUAAAUAUAACUGUGAGUGAUUUUUUUAAGUGAAAAAAUAACAAUCACAUCGAUUUUAUAUUAAUCAUUGUUUUAUUUUUAUUUAAGAUAUAGAGAAUAGAGGGAAGAGAAGUUGAAAAGAAGUACCGACAGCAUUUGAGGCGAGCGUCGAGAUCAUAAGAAGGACAAGAGUAAGUGCUGAGGAAAGCAUUAGUGUUCGUUUAAUACAUAAAGUAAAGAGAGAAGCUUAUUUUUCAUCGUAAGAUAUACAAGUAACAGAUCAAGACAAUGCAGAGCAACGGCGCGGAAAGCGGAAGUGAGAAUGGAGUCGACAGAACCGGCUGGACUGUUGGUCUUAUAAAUGGUAAAUUUAAAUAUUUAACUGCUGAGACAUUUGGUUUUAAAAUAAACGCAAACGGUUCAAGUCUAAAGAAAAAGCAGUUAUGGACACUUGAGGGAAGUGAGCAUCAGGUUUUCCUUCGUUCUCACUUAGACCGUUAUAUGGCUGUUGAUCAAUUUGGUAACGUCACUUGUGAGGCUGAGGACUCAUCUGAUCCUGGUUGUGCUUUUCAAAUUCAACUUGCUUCUGACGGGAGUGGCAGAUGGGCCUUGAAGAAUAUACAACGCGGAUAUUUCUUAGGAUCAAGUCAAGAUGAGCUUAAGUGUCAAGCCAAAGCUCCCGGUGAAGCUGAAUAUUGGCUUGUUCAUCUUGCGGCAAGACCUCAAGUGAAUCUUCGAUCUGCUGGUCGUAAACGUUUCGCUCACUUGAGCGCGUCGCAAGAUGAAAUCCAUGUAGACGCUCCGGUACCCUGGGGUGAAGAUACUCUUUUCACUUUAGAGUUCCGGCCAGCUGCAAAUCCUGAUAAUGAUGUAGUUGGCCGUGGUAAAUCUGAAGGUGGUCACUAUGCACUUCAUACUUGCAACAAUAAAUAUCUCGCUCGUGAUGGAAAGUUACUUGAUUCUUGUACGCGUGACUGUCUUUUUGCUGCUGAAUUUCACGCUGGUUUACUUGCUUUGAGGGAUAUUAAUGGAGCAUAUUUAGCACCGAUUGGUAGCAAAGCCGUUUUAAAGUCACGUUCAACAACCGUAACACGUGAUGAAUUAUUUUCUCUCGAAGAAUCGUUGCCUCAAGCUUCUUUUGUUGCGGCAUUAAAUCAACGCUAUGUAUCUGUUAAACAAGGUGUGGAUGUUACGGCAAAUCAAGAUGAAAUAUCAGGUCAUGAAACUUUCCAACUAGAGUUUGAUCGUGUAACAAAACGAUGGUAUGUCCGAACAAUGCAAGAUCGUUAUUGGACUCUUGAAGCUGGUGGCGGCAUUCAAGCUUCCGAUCACAAACGCUCAUCAAAUGCAUUAUUUGAUUUGGUCUGGCAAGACGAUGGUACAGUGGCACUGCGUGCAAACAAUGGAAAAUUCCUUGCGACUAAACGAUCAGGGCAUCUUUAUGCAAAUUCUGACUCACCCGACGGAAGUGAUUCCGAUGCAUCAAAAUAUUACUUUUAUCUGAUGAACAGGCCAAUUCUUGUAUUGCGAUGUGAACAGGGUUUUGUUGGGCCCAAAAGUGCUGCUAGCCCUAAAUUAGAAUGUAAUAAAGCUGGAUAUGAAACUAUUCGUGUUGAACGUUGUGAACGCGGCAUUGUUCGAUUUAAAGGUCAAAAUGGUAAAUAUUGGCAUGCAGAUAGUGAAGGUGUUACUGUAGAUGCUGAUCAACCGUCCGAAGGUUUUUAUUUGGAAUUACGUGAACCGUCUCGUCUUUGUAUUAAAUGUACAGACGGUCGAUACUUAGCUGCUGGUAAAAAUGGAGCAUUACGUCUUGGCGAAACUGAUUAUAAAUCCGCCACAAAAUGGGAGUUUUAAAAUAUUUAUAUUAUAUAAUUAUUGAUUAGAGAUUAGAAUGAAAAAAAAAAGAAA